ACUCCAUUGUUCAUUAGCAAGAAGUGUUAGAAAAACAACCGGAGACAGCUGAGGCAGAAGAGAAGAGAAGCAGCCUCUCUCUCAACCUGGUGUUGGAUUUCAGUCGGGACCUUGGCACCCGGCAGCAUGGCGCAUGCUCAAGAAAUUCAGCUCCAAAUCAGAGGCACUCCAGACGAGGAAUCCGUCCAUGACGCCGGCCGCGAGGGACCCAAGGCCGCCACGCGCCGGCCGACGACGAGAGGCGGCUUGCGAUGGUGGAUGACGGUGGCGGUGGACAUGCUCAUGGUCCUCUGCGGGACGACCGUGGCCACCCUUCUCGGCCGCCUGUACUACAACUCCGGCGGCAACAGCAAGUGGAUGGCCACGCUCACGCAGUCCGGCGGCUCGCCGCUCCUGCUCGUCCCGCUCCUCAUGACCCCCGCGCCCCCGGCGGAGGAGCGCCAGCCGGCGGCGUCCAAGAUGCUGCCUAUCUACGUGGGCAUCGGCGUCCUCAUCGGCUUCGACAACCUCAUGUACUCGUACGCGCUCCAGUACCUCCCCGUGUCCACCUUCUCGCUCGUCGCCGCGACGCAGCUCGCCUUCAACGCCGUCACCUCCCGCCUCAUCAACGCGCAGCGCUUCACGGCGCUGAUCGCCAAUUCCGUGGUGUUGCUCACCUUCUCCGCCGCGCUCCUCGGCGUGGGCUCCGCCUCCGACGGGACCUCCUCCGGCGUGCCCCGCGGCAAGUACCCCGUCGGGUUCGUCCUCGUGCUGGCGGCGUCGGCGCUCUUCGCGCUCAUCAUGUCCCUCUUCGAGGCCACCUUCGAGAAGGUGAUCCGGGCGCGGACGCUGCGGUGGGUGCUGUCGCUGCAGAUGUACACGAACCUGGUGGCGGCGGCGGUAUCGGUGGCCGGGCUGAUGGCGUCGGGGGACUGGCGGACGAUCCCGGCGGAGAUGGCGGCGUUCAGGGACGGGAGGGCGCGGUACGUGCUGACGCUGGUGGGAACGGCGGUGUCGUGGCAGGCGGCGGCCGUGGGCAUGGUCCGGCUGGUCGCGAGGGUGUCGUCGCUGUUCGCCAACGUGACGGCCACGCUGUCGCUGCCGCUGGUGCCGGUGUUCGCGGUGGCGCUGUUCGGGGACAGGAUGACGGGGAUCAAGGUCGUGGCCAUGCUCAUGGCCGUCUGGGGGUUCCUCUCGUACGUGUACCAGCACUACGCCGACGGCCGCCGCGCCGGGAGGGCCGAGUGCCGCGUCUGCGCCGGCGCCGGCGCCGCGCGCGCGGGGAGCGACGCGGUUCUGCCCGCUUGAGUUGAGCCUCAGCCGUGGCUGAACAGGAUGAACCGUAGUAUGGAUCAAAUAGACAUAGUACUGGAUCAAAAAGGGUUUAUUGAAUUAUUGUACGUACGAGCUAGCUAUCUGCAUUCCAAACAGCACAGAGCUUUACUGGAAGAUGAAUGAAGCUUGAUGGAUGUUAAUUUUCUUUGUC